CAGGUUCGUUCGUGAGAGAUGCAGAGUGAGAGUGUGAUGGCAGCUCUGUCUGUGCUGACAGUCAACAUGUUACUGAGCCUCUUCUUUCCUGCAGCUGUUUCAGGUGGCCUGGCUGAUUGUAGAGGUGUAACAACACCCUUACGUAUCACAGCACCAGAGAGGAUGGAAGCUCUGAGUGGAUCUUGUUUACAAAUCCCAUGUAGAUAUGAGACAACAGACAGAAGAUAUGACAGCAUCAAACCAAUCUAYGGAGUCUGGAUGAAAACUUGGUGGUACCCUUCAUACACUGUUUUCAACAGUGGCUUCUCAGUUAACAAGUAUCCAUUGAAAAUAACCGGAGACCUGAAGAACAAAGACUGCACCACUCUGUUUCCUGAUUUAAACACAACUUAUUCAGACAAAUACUUCUUCAGAAUUGAGAAUGGAUACUUUAAGGCAUCACCUUGUGCUGAAUCUGUUCAGAUAACAGUUAAAGAUUCAGCCUGGAGUCCCAGCAUCAGCAUCUCAGGUGAUGUGAAGGACCUGAAGGAGAAGGAGUCUGUCUCUAUCAGCUGCUCAGCUYGGACUCCCUGUCCACUCUCACCUCCUGAACUCACCUGGAGUCUCCAACAAGACUCUCAGAGACAAACWGAGACAAACCCAGAUGGAACCUUUACAAGUAAAAUCCAGGAGACCAUGACUCUGUCAGACACACAUGAUGGAUCCAACAUCACAUGUUCUGUCAGAUAUCCUGUGGAUGGAGGGAAACGGAACAAGACAGCAGAAACAAAUCUGACUCUCAGUGUUUCCUAUGCUCCUAAAGACACCUCAGCAUCCAUCAGUCCAUCAGGUUUGGUGUCAGCAGGUAGCUGGGUGGAGCUGAGCUGCUCCAGCAGAGCCAAGCCUCCUGUCAGAACCUUCAGCUGGUUCUGGAUCAGCAAACAUGGAACCUUUAAAGUUUCUGAGCAUCAGGUUUAUAGGUUCAUCGUCACAGAGGGAGGAGAGUUUUACUGUGUGGCUGAAAAUAAUCUGGGUAAYCAGACGUCACCUGUGAUCAUUUUUGCUGUUGAAGUUAAACCAGUGUUUUGGUUCAGUCUUUAUGUUCCUCUGAAGAUCCUGGGGAUUGUAACACUCUGCAGUUCAGUCAUCAUCUUUGAGUUCUGCUUUAGAUCAAGAUUCUUCAACAAACCAAAGAAGGCCUCAGAAGAAGCAGAUCAUUUCAACCAAGUGAUCAAGGUUCAAGCUUCUUGAGACUAAAGAAGACGAGGAUGUCCUCUGUCAAGAUUUGUUUUUUCUAGCUGUCAUCAGUACUCUCUGCUCUGUCUUCAGUCCAGCAUUAUUUGUCCUCUCUGUUCACUCAGGGCUUCUGGAUUUUGUUCUGUUAUCAGUGUGCAUUUGAUUGACGUCUGUUUGUUUUGUUG